CAUAAAAAAAUAGAUCUAUUGCUCACUUUUUCAUAAGAAGUGGAGAGACCGUGAGUCGGCAAUUCAACUUAUGUCUGAGGGCUAUACUUAAGUUGCAUGAGCAUUUGCUUUACAAGCCCACACCAAUAUUAGAAGAAUGUGAAGACGAAAGGUGGAAACCUUUUAAGAAUUGUUUAGGAGCAUUGGAUGGUACCUACGUAAAUGUAACUGUACAUCCCCAAGGUCGUGGUAAAUAUCGGACAAGAAAAGGUACCAUUGCUAUGAAUGUGUUGGGUGUUUGUGCACCCAACAUGCAAUUUAUCUAUGUUCUUCCGGGUUGGGAAGGCUCUGCUCACGAUGUUCGUGUUCUUCGCAAUGCUCUCACUAGGCCAAAUGGCUUUAGGGUUCCUAGAGGUAACUAUUAUUUGGUCGAUGGGGGGUAUACAAACUGUGAGGGUUUUCUUGCUCCAUAUAGAGGGCAACUAUAUCAUCUUAAGGAAUGGACAGAUAGACAACCACAAACUGCAGAAGAGUAUUACAAUAUGAAGCAUGCUCGAGCAAGAAAUGUAAUUGAAAGAUGUUUUGGGUUACUUAAAGGGAGAUGGAGUAUACUUAGAAGCCUCUCUUUUUUCCCUAUUCGAACUCAAGGACGUAUUGUGAUGGCUUGUUGUUUACUUCAUAAUUUAAUAAGGAAAGUGAUGCCCACAGAUGAUGUAGAAGAAGAGAAUAUGAAAAUACGUUAG